UAAAUGCAACGAAGUACUGUCAAAAAUUAGCGACUCAGCGCGGCCUCGUUCGGAUGCGUUUCUUUAGCAUUGUUCUUAAUUGAACUGAAUAUUUAAUUAAAUCUUUUAUUUAUAAUUAGUUUGCUUAGUUCUUCAAGUUUGGAUCCUGAAUAUCAUUUGAAACAGAAACAGUGAUGGCUGAUAGCGCUGGUGAGUGGUGCCUAAUCGAAAGCGAUCCGGGAGUGUUCACCGAACUGAUUCGUGGAUUUGACGUCGAGGGAGUUCAAGUGGAGGAGCUGUGGAGUUUGGAUGCAGAGCACUUCAAGAACCUUGAACCUGUACAUGGAUUGAUUUUUUUGUUCAAGUGGGUCAAAGAUGAUGAACCGGCGGGAUCUAUUGUGCAGGACAGUCGACUGGAGAAGAUUUUCUUUGCAAAGCAAGUGAUCAAUAAUGCCUGCGCUACGCAGGCAAUUCUUAGCAUUUUGCUUAACGCGAAGCACUCGGAUAUUCAGCUAGGAUCGACUUUGUCCGAUUUCAAGGACUUUUGCGUUUCGUUCGAUGCUUACAAUAAAGGACUGGCCAUGAGCAAUGCUUCCCAGAUUCGUACGGUGCACAAUUCGUUCGCCCGGCAAACGCUAUUUGAGUUGGAUAACAAACAGGCCAACAAGGAUGAUGACGUUUUUCAUUUCGUUGGUUACGUCCCAAUCGAGGGUCGUUUGUAUGAAUUGGAUGGCCUAAAGGAGGGCCCAAUCGAUUUGGGUGCCGUUAGCGCAGGCGAGGACUGGUUGAAUGUUGUGCGGCCCAUAAUCGAAAAACGCAUCCAAAAGUACAGCGAAGGAGAGAUUCACUUCAACCUGAUGGCGUUGGUUUCUGAUCGGCAGAUGAUUUACCAGAGGCAGAUUGAUCAGCUGCUUAAAGGCAGCGGAGAAGAGGAAAUGGAAACUGAUACUAAGCAGAAUGAAAUCACCAGAUUGCGGAUGUUGAUAGAAGAUGAGGUGGCUAAGCGGAAGCGAUACAAAGUGGAGAACAUCCGCCGGAAGCAUAAUUAUUUGCCGCUGAUAGUAGAAUUGCUGAAAAUUUUGGCACAGAACGGUCAGCUGAUGCCACUUUACGAAAAAGCAAAACAGCGGGCAGCCGAGAGGGAAACACAGGGGAAAGUAGGAGGGCAAAAAUUAGGACACGAAUGAGCUUGCUUUCAAACAUGCAGCGUGUUAGCGUCGUUCGGAUUUGAAUAAAUUUAUCUAUGACGAA